UCUUUCUAUUGGCCCGUUUAUAAAGAGACGUCGUCGAAACAGCCAAUAGGAAACGGCGAUUUGAAUUUCGAAUUCCGCGAGGGAUUUUGCAUGCCGGUCGUGUCACGUGAUUUGUUUUGGAAUUGGACCAAAGGAGGAGAUUUCAACGUUCAGAAAUGUCCAGGUGGAUCCUCAGAACGUCUUAAUUAUAUCACCACAUACGCUUGUGAAGAGCGUGAACUUAGGGUAGGAUGCGAAAAUGGCGGACUUAUAAAAUUAGUUCGGGCCAAUUAUGGAAGAUUUAGCAUAAGCAUAUGUAACGAUCACGGUAAUUUGGACUGGAGUGUAAAUUGCAUGUCAUACAGGUCCUUUCUGAUAAUGCAAGACAGGUGCAGUCUAAAGCCUAGUUGCAGUGUGGUCGUAUCUAGUAAUAUGUUUGGAGAUCCAUGCCCCGGCACGCUUAAGUAUUUAGAAGUGCAAUAUCAUUGCGUUUCAGGUUCGGGAACAACGCCGGGAAAAUUAAAUUCGUUGUUAAAUAUGGGUAACAACACCAACGAAACAACGAUCGAAAGAACGGAGAGUGCCACUCCAACUUCCACCAUGAUUUAUCCUUCGAGUUCUCCUCUUUCAUCUUCCGUGACGUUAGAGGCUGUUACGAGUCCUUAUCUGGAGCAAUCUAUAGCUAAUACCAAUACUUCUGUGGCCACUACAGAUACUUUAACCAAAGGUAAGGUAUAAAUAAAAAUAAAAAAUUAUAUAUAUAU